CAAUCUAUUGUCUCGGUUCAUUGACUGCAGUGUUGUGUGUUUGGUCGUCUUGUAGUUUUUGUUUCGUGCUCAUGGCGAUAAGAACGACGUCGUCUAGUGGAUCUACGAGAGAACCCAGAAGUCGGGUAUAUGUGAACAGAAGUCUGAAUAUGCAAAAAAUCAAAUUCUUUGGAUUCGACAUGGACUACACACUAGCAGACUACAAGUCCCCACAAUAUGAAGAGAUGAAUGUGCAGUUGGUCGUAGAACGAUUGAUAGACAUUGGUUAUCCUUCGGAGCUGCAAGAUUUGAAAUAUGAUCACAAAUUUGCUUGCCGUGGAAUGUUUUUUGACAAAGAUUUUGGCAACCUGCUUAAAGUUGACCAGUUUGGCAACAUACUUGUGUGUUAUCAUGGAUUUGAGCUUGUACCUAGUACGCAAGUCAGAGAGCUGUACCCAAACAAAACAGUCCAGGCUUCAGAUCAUCGGUAUUUUGUUUUGAACACUCUUUUCAACCUACCAGAGACAUACAUUAUUGCUGCACUGGUGAACUACUUUGACUCUCAUUCUGACUAUACCAAAGUAAAAAACGGGGUUGAAUGUGGAAAUGUGCUAGUGUCUUACAAAAGCAUGCACCAGGAUUUGAGAGCUGCCAUGGACUGGGUUCACAAUGAAGGUCAUCUAAAGGCUCGUACACUGGAAAAUGUGGAAAAGUAUGUGGUGAAAGAUCCUCGUCUCCCUAUUCUGCUGAAGAGAUUGCGUACUCAUGGUCGAAAAGUUUUUCUGCUUACCAACAGCGACUACCAUUAUACAGAUAGUGUGUUGUCUUACUUAUUGAGUGAAGAUUCUGAGCCCAGAGAAGAAACUACUGGUGGCAAAGUGUGGACCAGCUAUUUUGAUUAUGUUGUGGUGGAUGCUCAGAAACCAGUGUACUUUGAAGGAGGGACAACUCUUCGACAAAUAAAUGAGACUACAGGAAAACCAGGAAUGGGUGUGUUUUUAGGCAAAAUACAACAAGGCUCUAUCUAUUCUGGAGGAGAUUCAGAGACAUUUUGUGAAAUGAUUGGUGCCGUGGGAGAAGAUGUUCUAUAUAUUGGUGAUCACAUAUUUGGAGACAUUCUGAAGUCAAAGAAGCAGCAUGGUUGGAGGACAUAUCUUGUUGUGAGAGAGCUGGAAGAAGAUCUUGGAGUGCUGACAGAUGGAAGAGAUUUGUAUAACCAGUUAGCUCUCGUCGAAGAUGAGCUGGAGGAUGUUUAUAGAGACUUGGAUUCACACCAUGAAAUCUGCCCCAAUAUUACAUCGUACUUGCGUAGAAUGAAAGAGCUGGUAUUUUCUAUUGAUCAAAGACAAUCCACCAAACUUGGGAGCAUAUUUCGUAGUGGAACACGUCAGACUUUUUUUGCGAUGCAGGCCAUGCGCUAUGCAGACCUCUACUCUAGCUCUCCUCUCAAUUUGAUCAACUAUCCGUUCAGCUAUUUCUUUAGGGCCAAAGCACAGUUGAUGCCUCAUGAAACUGUCGUUGAACAUGAACACCACUCGAUGCAAGACUUGCUGACUGCUAAUGAGGACGUGGGAAAAGCUGCAAGUCCACCGAGAGAGAACGACUACAAACCACCUACUAGCACACCUGACACAAGCAGAAAAGCUAAGUUGCUCCACUAUCAGUCAUUUACUCAUGAUAUGGAUGAUGAGGAGAAUCAGUUUACAAGAAUGGCAAGUCUUGAUGAAUUUGAUGGUGAUGUCACACAGACGUCAUGAAUACCACAGAUCUCCUGCCUGAAAUUUUAUCUAGCCAUAGAUAUGUGCUUGGGAUUAUGUAUGCUUUAAUUAAGUAGAUAGACUUGCUAUUCUUGCUAGAACUGUUUAGCUGUCAACCUGAUGACCAACAACAUCGUUUAAGUUGCGGGUGCUUGGCUAACAUUUUUCUUAUUUGUGGUCACGUGACCUUUGCUACCAAACUCACCUCACCUUUGCGUUUAUUCAAGCAAGGAAAUAUUUAUUGGUUAGAAA